ACAAGUGAAUGUGGAUAAUAUUUACAAUUAUGACAUUUUACAAUCAACUUUUGUGGUCAUGUAAAUUGUCUCACAUUGCAACGCAUCCUAAUAGAAAUGAGGGAAUCACUAUAUUAUCCUAGUUCCUCUAACAAGUCCGAAACUAACGUCAUUAUGCAGUUAGGUGCUCAAAUUUAUUUAAUAGAUAUUUUUUUAUAAACCCCCUAUUCACAGACUAACGUUGUUUUGGAGUCCUUUAAAAAUAACAUUUUUUAUUAGUUUGUGUGUGCUGCCACCAUUAUCACAGUGAAAGUUAUACCAGAGUGGUAAGUAUAUGUAAAACGGAUGACUACACUUUCUUUGUUAUAGGACAUUGUCUAGUCUUUGCUUAUGAAGUCUAAUCCAAUCAUAAAUUGUUUAUUCGGACCAAUCAGGAGGCACUGAAUUUCCCCUGAAAGAAAUUCAAGUCGAGAACUUUGUUGAACUUCAUUGUUAGGCUGUCAGUUUCGAAAGGGCUUUGGUAAAGGUCCACUAUAAAACCCUUCUUCUAAAGGGAAGGGCCAGAAGAGAACUGUGAGUCUUUCCACUUGGAUCCUAUAGGCGAGGGGAAACUCCUUCAGUGAGAAAGGGCUCUUUACAAUUACUUUUCCUUUACCCAUCCAAACUGAGCAAUGAUGUUCCCUAAUGCACUUGCGCCUCCCGCUAUAUGCCCAAGUCUUCUUCGACCGCCGGCGGGUCUCUCUCUGCCCCAGUCCUUGCAUUCAGCUUUCCCCGCCCACUCGAGCUUUUUGGUGGAGGACCUGUUGCGGAUCAGUCGGCCGGUGAGCUACUUCCACCGGACGAUUCCCUCACUCAGCGUGUCUCCCCUGGCAUCAGGAGCCACCACGCUGACCUGCAGUCAUCACACUCACCAAGCUGUCAUCUCCACUUUAGCACAGACAAGGACGGGUUCUCCUCAGACCGCACUCUCCAUCAACCACGACCCUAACUAUCUGAAGUUUGGAGUUAAUGCCAUCCUAGCACCAUCAACGAGAAACGCAUCGUCUCCACGUUUAAUGCAUCAUGCUAUGCACGCAAAAGCCUUCCCUCUGCCAUAUUUUGACUGUUCGUUUCAUCCCUUCAUCAGAGCAUCAUAUUUUCCAGCAUCCUCUUCAGUGGUUCCUAUCCCCGGUACAUUUUCAUGGCCGCUGGCUGCAAGAGGAAAGCCCAGGAGGGGGAUGCUACGACGGGCAGUGUUCUCUGAUGUCCAGCGCAAAGCCCUAGAGAAAAUGUUUCAGAAACAGAAAUACAUCAGCAAACCAGACAGAAAGAAGUUGGCUGCAAAACUUGGGCUUAAAGACUCACAGGUGAAAAUCUGGUUCCAAAACCGAAGAAUGAAAUGGCGCAAUUGCAAAGAGAGGGAGUUGUUGUCGUCCGGAGGUUGCCGGGAGCAAACCCUUCCGACUAAGAUGAACCCCCACCCGGACCUCAGUGACGUCGGGAAGAAGUCUUGCGAGGAGGAGGUAGACGCGUUCAGCCCGCGCGCGGCCUUCUGCCGCUCUCCAUCAGAGCGCGAACUUUUGAACAGUGUGGAGUCGCACCUCUCUUCGCCUUGCAACUCCAGCAAGCACUCCGACUUUUCAGAAUCAGAGGAGGAAGAGAUUACAGUGUCUUAAUUAUGAAUAAUACACACGUUAUGUUUGUAUAAAGUUGUUUGGAUCACAUAUAUUGUUGCAUAUAUUGUAUAUAUAGACAUUAUUACCCAAAUUAGAUCCACACAUCCUUUGAUUUGAGUAUAUUAUUUGUCCAUGAUAUUACCAAUUCACCUAGCCCUAUACAUAAAUGUAGGGGCCAUAUUGGUUGUGGUAGAUAUUUCAGUGCUUAUUAAGAGAUUCACUUAGUAAAUUAGAUGUAUUCUUGCAGCUUUUGCUAUUUGUACCAUAUUUUGUAAGGGCCACUUUUAUAUCAAGAGGAUUAUACCUGAUUUAAAGGCUUAUAUUAGAUGCAUUGCUUUUAAUCUAUGUAGAUGUUAAAUCUAUAACUUAAAAAUAAAUAUAUUAUUUGUAUGCUUUGUUUAAAUGUUGUACUUGAGAGUAUUUUUUCAAAUAAAACUAAAAUGUAAAGAACAACUGCUGCUUUCUUGACAAUGGUACAACAAACAGAAUAACACUUAAAUAGUUUCAUUAUAU